CUUUUCAAAACAAUGGCGUUUCAUUGAUCUUUCUUCAGGUGUAACAAUUUGAGGGACAUUUAUAUGUGAAAGAUGGCAUUUGGAAAAUAUACUAGAGGAGAUGGCCGGAGGUCAUCGGCUUCCUACUGUUCAACAGCAACUCUUGUCGUGUUUGUUGCUCUUUGCCUGGUUGGAGUAUGGAUGAUGACAUCCUCAUCCCUAGUUCCUGGUCAAAGUAUAAACUUUCCUAAUCAGGAGAGCAGAACUGUAGACACAAAACUUAGUUUAAAACAACCGGUGACUGAAAAUGAUUCUCGGCAAUUUGAAGAUAAUCCAGGUGAUUUACCUGAGGAUGCAACAAAAGGAGACGGUGACACCAACACUGCACAAGAUGAAAGCAACUCGGAUGUUAGAGAGAAAACAAACCAAUCUGACCAGACUACAGAGAACAAUGUCAAGGAUGACCAAAAGGAGAAACCUGAGGAGAGUGAGAAUAAAAAUGCUGAGUCUGAAGAAGCAUCCAAAACUGAUACUGAAAAGGAUGGGGAUGUAAAGACUGAAGGUGGAGAAUCAAAGGGGGGAGAUGGAGAGUCUAAUUCUGAAGGAGGAGAAACAAAAACAGAAGGUGGUGGAAUAAAAACUGAGCAGGAAGAAUCAUCAGAGAGCUCAGAUGAGAAGAAAAUUGACUCCACUGAGAAUAAUAAACCAGAAACAACUGAGAGAUCAGGCGAAACUAAACAGGAGGAUAAGGUAGAGGAGACAACUGAGACCAAUCACGACAAAGGAUCUGAGCAAAGUUCUAACAAGGACGAUGACCAGGCAAAGAACCAUGCCUCAAAUGAAGUAUUUCCUGAUGGGGCAGAGUCAGAGAUCCUAAAGGAGUCUACCACUCAAAAUGGGGCAUUUUCGACUCAAGCUGUUGAGUCAAAGAAUGAAAAAGAAGCUCAGCAAAAGGACCAAAAAGAACAAGGUGGAUAUAGCUGGAAACUUUGUAAUGUCACUGCUGGCCCAGAUUACAUUCCUUGUUUAGACAAUUGGGAUGCUAUUAAGCACCUUCAUAGUACUAAGCACUAUGAACAUCGAGAAAGGCACUGCCCUAAAGAAGCCCCCACUUGCCUUGUUCCUCUACCUCAGGGAUACAAGUCUCCAAUUAAGUGGCCCACAAGCAGGGAAAAGAUAUGGUACUACAAUGUUCCCCAUACCAAGCUUGCAGAGGUCAAGGGGCAUCAGAACUGGGUGAAAGUUACUGGAGAGUAUCUUACUUUUCCAGGUGGUGGAACUCAGUUUAAGCACGGUGCUGUUCGUUACAUUGAUUUCAUUCAGGAAUCAGUACCCGAUAUAGCAUGGGGAAAACGGUCCCGUGUGAUAUUGGAUGUUGGAUGUGGGGUAGCCAGCUUUGGGGGAUUUCUCUUCGACAAAGAUGUUCUUACCAUGUCUUUUGCUCCCAAAGACGAACAUGAAGCACAAGUGCAAUUCGCUCUCGAAAGGGGAAUCCCUGCAAUUUCAGCUGUGAUGGGUACCCUUAGACUACCCUUCCCCGGUAGGGUUUUUGAUGUUGUGCACUGUGCACGUUGUAGGGUCCCUUGGCAUAUUGAAGGCGGCAAGCUUCUUUUGGAGCUAAAUCGUGUUUUGCGGCCUGGUGGUUACUUUGUGUGGUCUGCUACUCCAGUAUACCAAAAACUCCCUGAAGAUGUGGGGAUCUGGGAUGCCAUGAAAGCAUUAACAAAGUCAAUGUGCUGGAAGCUAAUUACAAUUAAGAAGGAUAAAGUUAACAAAGUCGGUGCAGCAAUAUAUCAGAAACCUACUUCUAAUGAGUGCUAUGAGAGGAGAUCACAAAAUGAGCCUCCGCUUUGCCAAGACUCUGAUGAUCCAAAUGCUGCCUGGAAUGUGCCACUGCAGGCAUGCAUGCACAAAAUUCCUGUAGAUACAUCAGAACGUGGGUCUCAAUGGCCAGACCAGUGGCCAGCAAGGCUGAAUAAACCACCAUACUGGUUGAAGAGUUCUCAGGUUGGAGUUUAUGGUAAAGCUGCUCCAGAUGAUUUCACGUCAGACUAUGAUCAUUGGAAACGUGUUGUGACCAAGUCCUAUCUGAAUGGGAUGGGAAUCAGCUGGUCAUCUGUAAGGAAUGUCAUGGAUAUGAGAGCUGUUUAUGGAGGUUUUGCCGCGGCUCUUAGAGACUUGAACGUGUGGGUCAUGAAUGUGGUUUCAAUUAAUUCUCCCGAUACACUUCCCAUCAUUUAUGAGAGGGGUCUAUUUGGCAUGUAUCAUGACUGGUGUGAAUCAUUCAGCACCUAUCCAAGAUCUUAUGACCUUCUCCAUGCAGACCAUCUCUUUUCUAUGAUAAAAAAGAGGUGUAACUUGCUGGCUGCGAUAACAGAAGUUGAUCGGAUUCUCAGACCAGAAGGGAAACUGAUCAUACGUGAUGACGUUGAGACCAUCGGUGAGGUGGAGAACAUGGUUAGGGCGAUGCACUGGGAGAUCCGUUUGACUUACUCAAAGGACAAGGAAGGCUUGCUGUGUGUCCAAAAGUCUUUUUGGCGCCCCACAGAGAUUCAGACAAUCAUGUCCGCGAUUGCUUAAGCCCGACAGUUAAUCGUCCCUCAAACAUUCAUAGGGAUCGGGUUGCUAGGUAUUUUUUGUUAGUGUUGUUUUGUUUGUAAUUUCAAUUUUUUUUUUCAAAUAUAAUUGUAAUUCCCCUCAAAGCCCCGUUGCUGUUGUUCCUUUUAACCCUUCUUUCUUGUCUUUUUGUUUCUUAGUAGGGAGGGGCCCUUGAGUUUUAACUGUAAAAUCAUAUUAUAGAGAUACCAAUAGAAGUCAAUUCAAGCUUGCCAGUGUAAAGCUCUUAAA